GUCCCGCCCCGCCCUCGCGGAGCGGCCCGGGCCCUUGGCCUCCCCGCGCCAUGGCCGCGCCCGGCCCGGUCACGCGGCAGGUUAGCGGCGGCGCCGCCCCGGUCCCGGCCCCAAGCGGCCCCGAGCGCGGGCAGUCCCUGGCGGCCGCCGUGGCCGAGCUGCCAGUGCUAGACGCCCGCGGGCAGCGGGUGCCGUUCGGCGCGCUGUUCCGGGAGCGCCGCGCAGUGGUGGUGUUCGUGCGGCAUUUCCUGUGUUACAUCUGCAAGGAAUACGUGGAGGAUCUGGCCAGAAUCCCCAAGAGUUUCUUACAAGAAGCAAAUGUCACCUUGAUAGUGAUUGGACAGUCAUCCUACCAUCAUAUUGAGUCUUUUUGCAAACUGACUGGAUAUUCUCAUGAAAUCUAUGUCGAUCCUGAGAGAGAAAUUUAUAAAAGAUUGGGAAUGAAAAGAGGUGAAGAAAUUGCCUCCUCAGGACAGAGCCCCCACGUAAAGUCAAAUCUACUCUCAGGAAGCCUUCAGAGCCUGUGGCGGGCAGUGACCGGCCCUCUCUUUGAUUUUCAAGGAGACCCAGCUCAGCAAGGUGGGACCCUCAUUUUAGGUCCAGGUAACAACAUCCAUUUUAUACACCGCGAUAAGAAUAGAUUGGAUCACAAACCUAUCAACUCUGUUUUACAGCUUGUAGGAGUUCAGCAUGUGAACUUUACAAACAGGCCUUCAGUCAUCCAUGUGUGACUUAAAAUGGAAUCAGUCAGUUUCAACUGGACCUUUUGGAAUGUGACCUUCAAUGCUGGGGUGUAAUAUCCUUGUGCAAUGUCUAACCUGCUGUCCCUUCCCAGCCUUUGAGGACUUAGGGAAGCAUAACGAGGCCUUGAGCUAGUGAACUGCAUGCUCAAGAAGCAUCAGUUGUGAAAAAUGUGAUACAUACUUCCAUCCUGUAUAAAAUUUUACACAAAAUAACAAAAAUGAAUAUACAAAAUAUAACCUUAAAAGCUUAUAAAAUUUUAUAAAUCUUAUAAAAAGAUUUAUAAAAUCAUAAAUACCAUUUAAAUUAUUUUACAUUAUAGUAUAUUCAGUCAAUGAAAGAUUUAUUUGGCAAUUAAUAUAACUUCUGAUGAAGACUAUAUAAAGGGAAGGGAGAGCAGCACAAGACCAUUGUAGCAGUGAAGAAAGCAAAAUAUCAGAUUCUGUCAACAAUAUAACUGCGUUUUUAUAUGUACAUAUUUGUAUUUUUGUAUCCUUAGGAAAAAGACAAGAAAUGAACACCAAAAUGUUGCCAGUAGGUAUCUCUGUGUUAAGAUUACAGUGUUAUUAUUUUCUUUUCUGUAUUUUUCUCUAUUUUCCAACUGUUCUAUAAUGAGCAUGAUUAAUAUUGUAGGGCCAGGAAAAGGUCUUUAGACAUUAUAUGACAAUUUUAUGGCUACAUAACAAGCUUCACAACAGUGCAAAUUAUAUAGGCUCUAGUCCACGUUUCCAUCCUAAUUGCUUUACUCAGAGGAAGUGUGGCAAUCAGAACAUCUCCCAUAUAGCCAGUGUCCAUAGCACCUUCUCAUUACACUCUUGCUAUCCAUUUCACUAGGAUUUUUGUGAAUUGGGGGAGCUAUUGAGAAAAAAAUUUGUUCUAGAUUUUUUUUUGUUUUUUUUUUUUUGUUUGUUUGUUUUUGAGACAGAGUUUCACUGUUGUUACCCAGACUGGAGUGCAAUGGCACAAUCUCGGCUCACCGCAACCUCCGCCUCAUGGGUUCAAGCAGUUUUCCUGCCUCAGCCUCCUGAGUAGCUGGAACUACAGGUGCACACCACCACGCCCAGCUAAUUUUUGUAUUUUUAGUAGAGACGGGGUUUCAUCUUGUUGACCAGGAUGGUCUCGAUCUCUUGACCUCGUGAUCCACCCACGUCUGCCUCCCAAAGUGCUAAAAUUACAGGCGUGAGCCACCAUGCCUGGCCAGGAAUUGUUUGAAGUUUUAAAAACUUUGUAACUUAAAUGUGUCCUGUGGUUUAGUUGUGCAUUCUGAGACAACUGCUAUUUCUCACCCUCAAAUUGCUCUUAUUUGGAAGACUGUUGUCAGCUUUUAUUUUUAUAGAAUCUUAAUAUGUUUAGUUGGGAAGUGUCCCAGAAAUCCUGAUGAAAAGUAGAGCAAAAUCAGAAUUUUGGUAAUUAUUACCAAGCAUAAUACUGCUUUGAACUCAAUACUUUGAUAUAAAGCAUAUGAAGUUGCAAAAAAAUUUAAUGUAUUCAAAUAUUUGAAUACAUUUUCAUGUUUGUAUAAUCAUGUUUUUAUUCAAUAAAAAUGAAAUGUCUCAUUUAAAAUUAAA